AUGUCUCAGAUGGCGCAGAUCUCCGAAGCCCAGGACAAUAACUAUUCUAUCGACUUUCCCCUAGGAUACGGUGACUUCGAGCUGAAAUCAAGUGACAAUGUGAUCUUCUCUUUCCCUCGUGGGAUCCUUGCGCACGUGUCUCCUGUAUUCAAGGACAUGUUCUCCAUCGGCGAUACAGAUGGUCAACAUGAACCACUAAACCUUACGGAGGACUCAAAAACUAUCAGACAAUUUCUCCUGUACAUAGACCCACUCAAGUAUUCUCCGGGCUUUACAUUGGACACGGCCGAAUCCCUGAUCGAAGCCGCCACCAAGUAUCAAGUUGCCAUAAUGGUCGAAACAUUCGAGAACUGGGCAGUCACUGGUUCAGCUUGCAUUUCUCAUGAUGCCAAAAGUGACGUCGUUUCGAAUGGGAGCAGCCCUAUCAAGAAGGACCCUAUGCUAUUCUUGAGUCUGGCUGAAAAAUUCUGUCUCCCAGAAAUUGGUAGCAUCUCCAUGCGUGAUGCAGUAGUAGCGAACAAAAGGGCUACAUCUAUCUCUAAAUAUCCUCUCAAUAGGACGACAAUUAUCCAAUUCGUGGAAACUCGCCAAGAGAGGACGAGGAUGUUGAUAGAGAAGGUGACAAAACUCAUCAGAGACGAAAUUGAUAUCAUACGAUGGAAAAUAGGGACCUCUCUAUCCCCCCAAUCGGGACGAAAGAGGUCCCAACUUGAGAGGGCGGAUACUAAAAGCUCGGGUACAACGAAUAUCCCAGAAUGCUUCGAAUGCCUCAAAAAUCUUUAUGAUCUGGUAGUUGGAUUGUCCACACGGCUACUUGAUCACCCUACCUGGUCGGCCUUCAUUUUGGAAGGUGAAGAGAAGAUCAACACCCCAUGUGCCAAAUGCAGUGUAAAUCUUUGGCAGCAUUUAACCGUGAGAUUCUGGCGCCCUUCUUUUCAUAGGUCGGAUUUCGACAUUCUCGAGGAGGAAAUCCUCAAAGUAGAGUCCGAAAGGAUUCCUUUGAAUGUUUCACACCACAAACAGGAACACGGGAAAGGACAAAAUAAGUUACACAAGAUGGCACAAACUUCGAACGACAGUCCUACCACUCAAUACUCGACCGAAUUUCCUUCUGGAUACGGUGAUUUUGAAUUGAAGUCGAGCGACAACGUGGUAUUCUCCUUUUCUCGUGGAGUCCUUGCGCACAUGUCUCCUGUGUUCAAGGAUAUGUUCUCCAUUGGAGAUACGAGCAAUCCGCCUGAACCAUUGGCCAUCACAGAAGACUCCCCCACGAUCACAUGUUUUCUCCUUUAUAUCGACCCAUUAAAAGACCGACCGGACCUCACGAGAGAUGCUGCAGAAUCUUUCCUUGAGUGGAAUGAUGAAUACCCUAUCAAGGAGAAUCCUAUGCUGUUUUUGAGUCUCGCUGAAAGGUUCAAUUUGACGGAGGACAGCUAUCCAAUUGAUGGAAAUAGGGAAGAAAGAGCACAGCUACUGAUUGAUAAGAUAGGGAAACUCAUGCGCACUCAAGCAAAUUACAUUGAAUCGAGGGCCAUUACGUCCUCUUUGAGCGAUUAUUCAUUGAACCAAAAACCAAUAUGCUCCUAUUGUAUUGGGCAAUUUUAUGACUUGAUGGCCGGAUUGACAUCACGAUUACUCGAGAAACCCAGCUGGCUCACCUUCACGUCUGUGAUGACAAAGACACCUCCUACGCGUUGUGGUCAUGAUAGAUGGGAAAAAAUCACUGAAACUAGAAUUUUCGAGUCUCUGGAAGCGGAAAUUCGUAGUGUCGAGUCGGCAGUCAUUCCCUUGAAAGCCCUUGGUCCAUGA